AUGUAUGACAGAAGUAUUCAGGAUUUUGUUCCGAAAAAGACCGCACCACCAGCCCUAUCAGAACCACUACCAGCACCAGCGGAGGACGUCGACGGUUUGGCGGAUGAACUGGACAAAAGGCUUCAAGUUGAAACCGACGGGAACGAAAACAAGGAUUCAGGGAAUGCAACUCUACCCGCAAACGGUGAAGACGCCAAGAAAGAUCACACGUUGUCGAUUGGUGGCGAAGCGGCUGAUUCUACCCCCAUCAAGGGCGCUCAGGACAGAACCAUUCAUGUUGGGAAUAUUCCCUUUCGCGUGAGGUGGCAGGACUUGAAGGAUCUUUUCAGAAAAGCCGGACACGUUGUUAGGGCAGAUGUUGCCCUCGGUCAUGAUAACCGCUCCAGGGGGUUUGGCACUGUGGUCUUUUCAAGCGAGGAGGAGGCGAAGCAGGCCAUAAACAUGUUUGACCAGCACCAUUGGCAGGAUCGUGUCAUUCAAGUGCAAGAGGACAGGUCUGGCAUGGAUAACGGCCGGAAUCACGACCGCGGAAAUGUUUAUGGAGCCGCUCAGGGCUACAACCACCCAGCACCCCACUUUAGGAACCUUUACCCGAUGAACCACAACCACAAUGUCGCUGCGAGCCGCCAAGUAUUUGUUGGCAAUCUCCCCUUCCAAUGUCAGUGGCAGGACCUCAAGGAUUUGUUUCGCAAGGCUGGAAAUAUCAUCCGGGCAGAUGUGGCGCAUGGGUACGAUGGAAGGAGCCGAGGCUUUGGCUCUGUUCUUUUUGCGACCCCCGAGGAUGCCAAGACUGCCAUCUCCAUGUUCGACAACUGCGAGUACAACGGGCGCACGUUGCGAGUUCAUUAUGACCGCUACAGCCAUCCUGGACUGAUGCCGUUAGGCACCCACCCAAUGGUGCACGGCGGAGGGCAUGUUCCUUUCAACCUGGGACCACCGCUUUUUGGCAGCAGGAACUUUUCACCUCUGGAUCCUCCACCAAACGGCGCGGAAGAGUUCUCAACGCCUGAUGGAGUUGCACUUGCAAGUGCUUCGCCCCACUCGUCGGAGAUCUCAGGCUUGGCGAGUGCUGGCGACAGAGUUUCUUCAGCAACAACGCCCUUCGAUCCCAGUACGGAUAAUACAACUGCCACCAUCGGAGUCGUCUCACCUCCGGUAUCAGGUCCAGCCUCAGCCACAGCCGCAGCUGCAACCGCGGCAUCUGCACAUGGAUCGUUCACCAGUCCUGAGGCUUUAUCGCAUCCAGAACCAGAGUCACCCUCACAACAGUAUCCUUUCCUGGCCCACCUCGGACCGAUCGGGAAACCCAACUCUGUGCAUUUUCAACAGCAACAGCAAUUCCGUGGCCUCUCGAAUCCAGGACUCUUACCCGGGGGCAGCGGCGUCAGCAGUAGCAGUUCUGGGACCCUACCCCCACAUAGCCCGUCCGUGGGAGUGAACGACACCGACGAUGACGAUUUCGGACCUCGGAGUAUCGGCAUUCCCUACCAUUUUGGAAAUGGUGUCGGUGAUGACGAGAACGCCUUUACGCCUAGGUUCUACAUGUAUCCUGGCCUGCACCAGAAUCAACAUCAAUCACAACAACAACAGCAGCAGCAGCAGCAGCGCCAACAGCAGGAGCACCAACAACUUCAGUCGCAGCAGCCGCAGAGUCAACAACAACAACAAUCGACUUCGCAACAACCACAUCAGCCAGCGCUUGCUGGCUACCUUCCACCCUAUCAGGACCUUUACUCUCACGAGCACCUCGUGCAUGGAAGGGCCGGGCUUGUGGGAGGUCUGGGCACGAACGCGCUGAGCCAUGGAUAUCCUGGUCAACAGGAAUGGAUGGGUCACCCCAACACGUUUAUGAUGGGUCCUCCGCAACACAUGUAUGGCGCAUUACCCUUUGGACAAUAUGGGCAUUAUAGAGACCUGAACAAUGAGGUUGAUGAUGGGGAGGAGCUCUUGCAGCAGGAGGAUGGAUAUUAG